UGGUGAGUUUCCCUUCCUCUCACAUACAUACAAUCAAGUGCCUCUUCUAAUAAUGAACUUAAGACGGUCUUAUAUCGAAUGAUCAUGGUUACCUCAAAUGUUUCGAUCACAAGGGCGAGCGUGUUUAGAGAUCGGUACUUCUAUGGUCUAUACGUGAGCUUAGUUUCGCUAAAUACUUCGAGGUUGUCUCUUUCAUAUCACAUACAAAGAGCAGGGAAAGCAGCCAUCCAACUUAGUGACACUCUAAGCAGUGAGGAUAUAGUAUACUACUGUGGUAUUGGAGUGCUAUAUUAAGGAUAUCAGGUAUUCAGGUGCGCCUUUUGUUACUUUUUAUCAUAAACCGCUAUAUUCAGAAUGGUGGUUACCCUAUACGUAUGAAGGCAUAUAAUACGUAUACGUACGUUAUCCAAUUGGUCAGAUCA